AUGAGCUGCGCGCAAAGCAUGCCGGCCGUUGUAGUUCGCGGCACCUCGCUGCUGCGCAGGCCCCACGGUAAAAGUCAUGUGACCCACGAGGAAGUGACAGGUCUGUUGACAUGUGGGAAGAUGGUCAGUGAGGGCAAGUCUGGGCAGAGCCCUCAUCACUCCCAGGGCUGCUAUCUCCUGAUUACUGAAUUCACUAAGCUCCAAUCAUAGCAAUUACAUUAGGAAUGGCAGCAUUUAUUGAGCUAUCCAGUCUCCUGAAAUACUAGGGCUUGCUGAUGGACUUUAAUGUUUAUUAUUAUUAUUAUUAUUAUUUAUAUAGCGCCAACAGAUUCCGUAGCGCUUUACAAUAUUAUGAAAGCGGGGAUUUAUCUAUAAAUAGGACAAUUACGAGAAAACUUACAGAAACAAUAGGUUGAAGAGGACCCUGCUCAAGCAAGCUUACUGUCUGUAGAAGGUGGGGUGUAGAACACAAUAGGACAGGCUUAUUUAAAACAUAAAUUGACACUAUAUCAUUUAUUUUAGAAUGCAACUUAAUUUUUCCCCGCGUAUAAGUCCCUAUUUUGAAUCCAAAUCCCUCUCUCCCCCUCUUUUUUAUUCUAAUGUCCCUCCUUUGUAAGAGGUGAGUAUUCUUGUUGUGUUCAUUUAUAUCAGAGCUUCCAAACAAGAAUAUUCACAGUAAUGUGUCUUCAGACUAUAAUAAGUGUGUUUAUAAAUUAUUGCAUAGAUAAGAUGCAUUGUUAUAAAUUUAGUGUUUAAAUGUUUCUCUAAUGUCUGAACUUGUGAGUUAAUUAUGUAAAAAAAAAUUCUGUUAUAGAAGGCAUGCAGGUGUUGCAUCUAAAGUACAUUAGGUUCCUCAUGGCUAUUUGCUCUUGUGACACUAAUGAAGGGAUGCAUGAGCAGGCAUGUCUAACAUUUUUGUGCAGAUGUCCGAACACUCCUAGAGCAUCAUUGGUAACAAUGUCCCCCUCAAUACAAAAGUGCCGUGAAGGGUAGUAUAUUUUUACUCACUUCUACAGGUGAUUUUUGAAUCACAACUCCCAGAUAGCCUUUUUGUUGCCUCACAGCACUUCUUAUAGGAUAAGCUCAGCACGUCUACAGAAAGUUAAAGGAACACUAUAACUUUAAGACUACGAAUCUGUAUUCUUAACGUUGGUGUUACUGUCACUAGUACUGACCUAAUGCGCAUGCAGUGAUGUCAGUAUGACACCAACUAGAGGAAACAAAAUAAAAAAUGUCAGGGAUCAUGCACCCAGACCACUUCAUUAAGCCUAAAGGACAACGGUCAUCACAAUUCCACUUGUAAUUUUUAAAAAAAGUUUAGUACAUUUAAUGAAACUUAAUGGUAUGUUUUAAAUGAUGUAUAUUGUUAUCCGACUUGCUCAAUCUAACUUACCUGACUCUGCAGUUUAUCACAGAGCACUCACAGCAGCAGACAAGUUACAUUGAGCAGCAGAUAACAGUACAGUGUGAUGCAACAUGGCUGCUCACCCAGAUAACACGCCUCCCAACUGUUCCCCUUUUGGUGGGACAGUACCAAUUUUGGGGUCCUUUCCCACCGUCCUGUGUUUAGUUCCCUAGUAUCCUGCAUCUGUGGAGACCAGGGAGCUGUCCCCGGGGAAGAACAGCACAGGCGUUUUAUCAGAAGUGCUCGCACUUUGAACAAGCACCAGGACCACGCGGGGAGCACUUUAGCAGCACUGUCUGCCUGGGCAUGAAGGCUGGGGCCGGCGCCUUUUCCAAAUGGGUUUGCCCGUUACGGGUGCCGCUAGUGACGCAGAUUGUGACACUGACAAAGACCCUCAGGGCCCUGCCCACCCUGUCUCAAUUUCCUGAGGCCAUAUGUUGGGAUGUAUGAAAUAAUUAGAUUUUUUUUUUUUAAUUAUGCUUAAGAAAACUUAAAGUGAGAUUUUCUAAAAAGAAAAUAUAUUUUUUUUUUUAAAAUCAAACUUCCUGGUUUGGAGCGAGUUCACUCUGAGGAACUGCAAAGUCCUGGGACGUACAGCAAAUGAAAGAACCUCAUUAUCGUGUUUUUUUUUCAGGAAAUCACUAACAAAAGGGAUUUUGGUGAAUUGACAAUACAGCUGUUACAUAUAGGUCAAAACACAUUUUGGAAAUCUUAAAAAAUAAAAUGCAAAACAGCCAAUUUGAUGUUUGCCCAGUUGCUCUAACUCUUUUUAAGUAUAGGGGUGUUUAGUUGGUUAUUGGUCAUCAUUCAUCCGAUCCCCCCCUUUAAAACCUGCAAAAAAACUAACCAGAAAUCCAGCACCAGGCAAAGCUCCUCUCCAUGUCUCCGUCUGACCCCAUCCCUGCCCUUUAGGAGGUCCAAUCAAGUGCAAACAGAAGUAUUUGAUUACACUAUUUCAGUGGUUCAGAGCACAUGUUAGGUUUUUAAGAGUAAAAAAAAGAAAAAAGUACUAAUUGGAAAAAGUGAGAAAAUUAUUUUAAGGAGGAAAACAAAUAAAACUAACCCACAAUGGAGAGAGUGGAGAACACUUGGGAUGAUUGUAAGGAUAGUUAAGUGGGCUAAGGCAUCAUCAGUAGAAUGUGUGGGUUGCAGGUUCAAAUCCCAGCAGGGUUGACUUGUCUCUUUUUCCUUCCGAAGUAGAUAAAAUGAGUACCAUUAAGUUGGGUGAUAGUAACAAUCUCUGGAUGUUGGGCUAAGGUAAUAUCCCCAGGAUGUACUUGAAAACCAGAGUAAUCUAAAUGUACUUUUCCUGGUUAAAUACUUUGUUAUUAUUAUUAUUACACCAUGCGUGAUGAUAGAUGUACUUUUUGCAUAUAAUUAAUAUUAGGCAGCUCCAAACAGAGUUCCUUAACCCCUUAAGGACCAAACUUCUGGAAUAAAAGGGAAUCAUGACAUGUCGUGUGUCCUUAAGGGGUUAAAAGACCACUUUAGUGCCAGGAAAACAAACUUGUUUUCCUGGCUCUAUAGGGUCUUUGGGUCCCCCCCACCCUCAGGGUCCCCCUCCCGCCGGGCUCUAGGGGGAGGAAGGGGUUAAAUGCUUACCUUUCUCCAGCGCCGGGCUCCCUCGGCGCUGGGGACUCUUCUCCCUCUUUCGACGUCAUCCGCCGAAUGCGCAUGCAGGGCAAGAGCCGUGCGUGCAUUCAAUCAGUCCAUAGGAAAGCAUUUCUCAAUGCUUUCCUAUGGACGUUGGCGUCUUCUCACUGUGAAAAUCACAGUGAGAAGCGCGGAAGCACCUCUAGCGGCUGUCAGUGAGACAGCCGCUAGAGGCUGGAUUAACCCUAAUGUAAACAGCUGCAGGGUUAACUCUAGAUGGACCUGGCACCCAGACCACUUAAUUGAGCUGAAGUUGUCUGGGUGCCUAUAGUGGUCCUUUAAUGGUCACGUGUGCUCAGUGUGCAAUUAGCCCAUGACAUACAAGGCAAAUAUAUCUGGAUGUGCAGAGUUUCAAGCAGUUUGGAAUGCUGCACAUACACAUUCCUUCCUCCGUGACUACUUCUAAAAGCAGAAGUGGUCAUGGUGGUUGAAGAAACCUUUUAAGUAAAUUUACCUUUUACCUUGAAAUUAAAUUCAGUGUAAAUACUACUCAUGGCUUUUCAUUAAAGUGAGAAUUGAAAGUAAAUUUGAAGUGACUUAGAAUUAAGGUAAUAAAAGCCGAUCUCGAAAAAAAAGAUCUAAGUCAGCUAGGCUUUCAUUUCAACACUCUGGCCUUAAAUCAGAAAUUCACUUUGAAUCCACUCUGCAAUCUCACCUUAGUAAAAAAACCCUGAUAUGGAUUUAACUGGGCCUAAAGUGAUUGGCCCAUAUUUUAUGAUAGAUACGUAUUGGAAUUGUUCCAAAGUUUUAAACCAUGCAUGAUUGGGCUACAUUUUUUUUCGUUAUGGAUAGAUUAUAUAUCUAUACCAUACCAGUGUAGUCAGCCUGAUAUGAACACAUUUUCUCCCUUUUAUCAUAAUAAAUAGAAUAGAUCUAUAGUUUAAAGGGUAUGUCAGUAUUUGUGUAUAGAGCAAUCAGGGAAAUGAUAACUGUUCUCUUGUUUACCAAUGUCCUCUGGAGGCCAGGCUGUGACCUUGCGAGGAUGUUUAAAGUGUGCAGAGCUGGGUGUACUGGGGACCGAUGGGAGGCUCUGCUCUGCAUGUUAGCUCAGAAGGUCAAUAUUUAAAUGAGAUCAGCACGCAUUGUCCUGAUUACAAGUCCACAGCACCCAUAGGAGCCAGCACCAUGGUCAUAUAGACAGUGAACGUAGAUAAGGCCCAGUGUUACGUUUCUGUUAAAGAGAAACUGCCACUUUCCUGGUAAUUACAAAACUGAAUAAAAUAUUGAUCCUUUGAUCAUGUGAUGCACUGUAUUUGUUUAGCAAUUGGCAUCAAAAUCCCUUUCAGGCCUGGCACACACAGGGCACCCAUUGCAUUAAGGCAAGAGAAUCCAGUGAUCAUAUACCAGCCAAUGCAACUUUGCAAGAUCUAGUGACAGCUAGCAAUAUCACUUUAAUGGGUUUAAUUAACUAGUUGUAUGAUGGGGAAAUAUGGGUAAGUAAUUGAAGCAGCAGCUCAAUCAGUGUCUAUAUGGCCACUGUCCAUGGAAGCAUUAAAUCACAGUAAUACCAUCAUCCUACCAUAGACACAUCUUUUCAAUAAUGUUAUUGGUAAAUGGUCAAUACAACCAAAACAAUUUCUGUGCCCACUUCUCAAAAUUUCCAUCUAUAAUUGUCCUGAGCAAUCACUCACGUCUCUCGUCAUGUUGUCUAAUUAGCUUAUUACCUUUAAAUAUAAAAAGUGCAGUAUUUUUGACAUCCAGUGAAUUUUUUUUUAUUGUCGAUUAUUAUCUAAAUGUCAUGUUUCUAUAUGCUUGUAUUAUUAUCACUGCACGUAAAAAGAAAGAAUUCUAAAAAAAAAAUGUUAAAAGUCCAUCUGAUCAUUUUUGUGUUGUCAAAAAACGUGUGAAAUGUUUAUGUAGAAAGCUGUGGAAUAGGUCAGAACUUAUAACCAAUAGUAAGAGAUCUCUGGAACUGUGAGUUUACAUGGGAAUUUUAAAUACUAAAUGCAAAUGGCAGGUUGCGGUAAUUUUAAAGAUUUUCUUGUGAUAGUGCUUGGCCAAUCACAAAAAGUGCUUAGAUAGAACAUUGGGAGAGAUUGGAUACUGCUGAAUUAGUUAGAUAACAAGGAGGGAGAGACAGAGAGAUAAAGAUAGUGAGAAAAAUAGAGGUAGAGAGAUAUUGCCACCAGAAGUGGCUGUAACUACAACAUUUCAAUAAUUUCAGUAGAGUCAACGAUGAUACUAAUUGGAAAAAAAAAAAUUCUUAUCUUUUACAGAAAAAGUCUGACUCAACAAAUACUAAAAACAUGUACAGCCAGGAAACGGUUAAAACGGAUGCGUUUCUUAAAUCUAAUUAUGCAUCCUUCAGCCAGGCACAUGAGAUAGCACUAAUCUCCCUAAUUGCCACAGUUAUUGCAUUCUGUCUGUGCAAGGGUUAAUUACACUUAAGCACUGCUAAGCCAAUCAAUGGCUAAAGAUAGACAGACCCUUAUUUAGGUCUUCAGAAAAGUUUGAUAUUAGAUAAGACUAAGCAGCCCUUUUAAAGUAACUGUGAACCUCUACUCACAAAUACAAUGGAUUUUACUCUAUUUACAUUUCUUUCUUAAAGGCAUACAAAACUUUUACUUGUAUACACAAGCAUCAUGGGUAAUAUAGUUUGCAAAUAUCUGAGAUGCCGAGGUCAUCACUACUACGAGCAUGUAUUAUGCACACUUUCAUUGUAGGGAUGUGAGUGGGGUGUGUGGCCAGGAGUGGAGCGGUUCUCAGAAGUUUUAGAUGACAAUAAUGAAAAAAAAAGGAAUCUACAAUGUAAUUUAGAACAAUGUAUCUUAUUUACACAGACUGAUUUGUAACACAUUUAUUGUAGAUUAAAGACACAUUACUGGGAGUAUUAUUGCUGUGGAGCUCUGUUAUACACUCAGACACACCAUCAGUAUGGCGCUCCUAGAAAAGACGGAGUUUAGGAUAGAAAGAGGUACAGAGGGAUUUUUUGCCCAAACAGGGACUGUCCAUCCUAAAUAGGGAUGCUUGGAAGGUAUGGCAUGGUUGCCCUCAAUGACAUGAACAUACAUUUUAAAGGGACACUAUAGUCCCCAAAACAACUUUAGCAUAAUAAAGCAGUUUUGGUGUAUAGAUCAUGCCCUAGAAGUCUCACUGCUCAUCUAUCUGCCAUUUAUGUAGUGAAGUCAUUUCACUUUGUUUAUGCAGCCCCGGCCACCUCCCUGUAUGUAACUUGCACAGCCUUCAUAAACACUUCCUGUAAAAUGAAAUAUAAUGUUCACACUUCCACAUUAUGUUUAAUUUAUAAUUUAUUAUCUUCUGCUCUGUUAAUAGCUUGCUAGACUUUGCAGGAGCCUCCUGUAUGUGAUAAAAGUUCAGUUUACAGAGCAGGAGAUAUAAACUUCUAAAGCAAAUUAACACCUGAUUGAAAAUAAAACCAUUUUGCUUUCAUGCAGACAUGGUUAGUCACAGCCAGGGGUACUGUGACUAGGGCUGCUUAACCUCUUAAGGACCAAACUUCUGGAAUAAAAGGGAAUCAUGACAUGUCACACAUGUCAUGUGUCCUUAAGGGGUUAAACAGAAACAAACUUGAUUUAAUUCCUAAAUAACAGUGAGUUGAGCAGUGAGCCUGCAGGGGCAUGAUCUGUACACCCAAACUGCUUUAUUAAGCUAAAGUUGUUUUGAUGCCUAUUGUCUCCCUUUAAAGGACCACUAUAGGCACCCAGACAACUUCAGCUUCAGCUCAUUGACAGCCGCUAGAGGCGCUUCCGCACUUCUCACUGCCAGCGUCCAUAGGAAAGCAUUGAGACAUGUUGCUUCAAACCCCUUCACUCUACAUACUGCAAAGGGUUAAAAGGCACAGCAACGAAUCCUUCCUGAGCCAUUCAUUCCCAGAUAACCCAGUACAGACGGGGAGUGAAAAAUUGCAUGUGACCUUGUGAGCUCCAGAUAAUGUGUCACCUCCCAUUUCACUAGGGAAACUAUCCAACAUUUACUGCUCUAUUACAAUAGCCCUGCUAUUUCACUCUCUAUAUAAACAGACCGGAGGCACAACUACUAUGGUGUGUACAUCAAAGAUCAGACUGCUUCCUUCCAAUAGGAAGUUUUAAAACAAACAAUUCUCGUUUUGUGUUUGGCAGCUCUGUUCCUAAACUUUGCUGGUCCCUAAAAACUCCAAUUAGUUCACUAGUGUACCUGCUUGGAUACAGGUGUGCCUGUGAAAAUUGAGAGAAACCUAAUCUAACCCCCCCUCACCCUUUCCCCCUAUUUCUUAAGUAAUUCCCAAUGUAGAUAGAGGAAUAGAGGGUAUAAGGUGUUGGACUUGCCAACUCCACAGCCUCUAUAGAGGUUACAGGAGGUAUAAGGGGCUUAACCCCAGGGUAAAUCUAAACAGACAAAAUGAAAGAGAUGGAGAACCACUUACAUAUAGUGAGUGGAGUUCAUACUCAUUCACAGAUAUAUACCUCCUAAUGUAAAUGUAACAUAAAAAUGGGGGGGAGGCGGGGGUAUAGGUAUCUCUAGGUUAUAUAUAGUAUUCUAUAGGUGUAUCUAUAAGAAAACUCUUUCCAUAAAGCAUAAAAGGUAGAAAUGCCAAAGAGGUUGGCGUUUAUCCAAAAUAUUAUUAUGGUAGGGAUAUAUAGUGCCUGGUAGUGCACUAUAUAUGGUACCAUAACUACUACCAGGCACUAUAUAUCCCUACCAGAAUAAUUUUUUGGAUAAACGCCAACCUCUUUCUACCCUUUAUGCUUUAUGGAAAGGGUUUUCUUAUAGAUACACCUAUAGAAUACUAUACAUAACUUAGAGAUACCUAUCCCAGAUUUUCUCUAUGAGUGUUUAAAUCUUACUCUACUCACACAUCGGGUCUGUGUAUCGGUGUAUUUACUCUUGGUAAUUAUUUACUCUUGGUAAUUUUUUACCAUUUUUAAGUAUUGAUUUAAAUUUUUCAAUUUCCUAAUAAAGGUUGAUACCCUCCCCCCCCCAUUUUUAUGUUACAUUUACAUUAGGAGGUAUAUAUCUGUGAAUGAGUAUGGACUCCACUCACUAUAUGUAAGUGGCUCUCCAUCUCUUUCAUUUUGUCUGUUUAAUUCCCUAUGUAUUUUUCCUAUAGGAUGUGUUGUUAGUAUUUUUUUGUACAUUUUUAUGGAUAGCAACAGCCGGUAAUAAGUAGCGAUUGGAACGGAAUCCAAUUGUUUAGUAGAGGAUAGCAGCUCCUGUAUACAGAAUAAUGGGAGCCAUUAGCCACUACUAGUGAUUUGCUUUAAGUAGCGGUAGCUUCUACGCUACCUGUAAAAUUUGGCAGACAGAAAGCAGACGCUACAUGCUAAAAGCAGCAACAAGCAUUUCAUUGAGUAACAGCUGGCCAGUAAAAGUAGUGCCAAGAUUGUAAACGAGCCCUCCGCGACUCCUGGCUGCAGCCCCCUAAGGCUUUCACCUGUGCUGCCUUAUGAUAGCGCCGACCCCAGUUCUUAAUAUUUCUCAGCAAAGAGAGUACCUUGCAUUUUCCUAAGCCUUUGCCUAACUAUUGCAUACCUGCCAAUAUUGCAUGCCUCUAUAUGGAAUGGGUGGGAAUGCCCAUAAGGUGGACAGAUCCACCUUAAAGAGAAGGUGGCCUAGCUGACUAACAGCACACCCUCCCAGGCAUACCAUGCACGGGGCAUAGCUAAAUUGCUCUGUGUGUCCCUAGUGCCCUGUCCCUUCCUACAUCCUGAAAUUUGCCUGGCAGAUUUGCAGAUUUGAGCAUCCGGGCACGUCACAGGGAUCCAUUAAUGCGGGACUGACCAGACAAAAUCAGGACUAUUGGCACUUAUGCUAUUGGCAAUGCACCUAAUUUGUUGAGCCUUCUCGCCUGUAUGAGGUGGUUAGUGAAGCUGCACUAGAGAGUGCUUUAUUGGUUAUUUAUUUAUUUAUGGAAAGAAAGUACUUUAGAGAAAUUAUGUAUUAUUCCUAUCUCCUAGCAAACAGGAAGCUCUGCAACUCUUUUGGCUUCACUUCUCCCAUGAUGCCCAGUUUUAAAUAAAAAAAAAAAAAAUUCAAAGCACAAUGGUAGUUGGAAACCAAAAUACACUACUCCUGUUCUAGGGAGAGUCCAUCAUUUGGAAAUAAUUAGAUAUCCCGACAAUAUUAAUUUCAAUGGUCACUGUAAGGGCAGGUGACAGUCGUCACUUAGGACAGUAACCCCAACCUCCUAAUCCAACACUACCCCAAUUACCCCAUCUCUAGUCAUCCAAUCUUGGAUCAUAGAGGGAAUAAAAUACCAAAAAGGAUCAGUUUUAAAUGUCAUGAUCACAAGAUUAUUUCUGCCAUCUCCAUCCCCUAAUAAGGGAUGAUGAAUACCUCAAGAUGGAGGUGUUACUCUUGGAACGGAUCUCAAGAACCCUCUUGAAGUUCUUCUGGUUGUGUGGGCACCAAACAUUAAAGGACAACUGUCACCUCAAAAAAAAAAAAAAUGUAAUAUAACAAUCAGUUUUGAAAGGAAAUAUACUUUAUUACUUCAUCCCUACCUUUUGUAGGUUAGUCUCUAUAGUCUUCCCAGCUUCACUCCCUGCACAGAAGCAGAGAAGACCAUAGAGACUGACUGUCGGUUUUCAAACACCGUGUGACCCAAGGUGUAUGUAUAUGGCUGCAGGAUCCUGUUUUUUAUAUUUUUUACAUAUAAUUCACAAAUCUAUUUCCUUUCAAAACUUGAUAAAAUAAUUAUUAUAUUAUAAUAGUUAGAGGUGACCUAUGUCAGGGUCAUAUGUCCUCAUUUGUCUAUGCCUACAGACCACGUAGAGUAGGAUUAAAAUCCCACAGGGCCCUGGGCAGAUAACCAAUUUCGAGCCCUUCUUAUUCAAAUAGGGAUGGUGAAUGGGGGCAAGCAAAUUCAUGGUCUUCAGAUCACCUAGUGGUCAAUACUGUUGUGCGUACAUCAAGAAGGGUAUUUGAGGUCUACUCCAGCAGACACAAGAUCUCCACUCCCUCAUAUUCUAAUUUACUGAAAGUAUAUGUAGUGACCACUUGGCUGUUAUCAUCCAGGCGUUGAUCUGUGUAGGUGAAGUAGGCUGUCAUGAAUUUGUUGGUACAAACGUCCAGUCACCCUGAGCCAGCAAUUGAAAGGUUAAGGAUGUGAAUUGCAUUCUAAGUGCUGGAUAGCUAGUAACCUCCCCCUGAACUAUUAGAUAAUUAUUUUCCCAAUGCAACAGUGUUUUUUUUAUCAUAUAUUGGCCAUAUCUGUACCAUGCUCCCAUCUGAUCUACUCACACCCUUUGUACCACCACGACACGGAGGAAGUGGUACUGCCAGCUUCCCCAUGCAGGUCUGCAUUACGAGCCAGGCUCCUGUUUGCAGAGCCUUCCGCAAACAGGACUGUCAAUUAUUAAUGAGGGAGCUCAAAGCCAGGAAACGGAGACCAAAACUGAGGGAGGGGAGGAGGGAGGACAAGAGAGAUCAGUAGGAAAAGAAAGGAGUGAGUGAGUCUGGAAGAAAGCGAGAGAGAGAGCUAAAGGGUAUCAAGAAGAACUUCUACUGUGCCAAUGAUGGUCGCUAUGACUCAUUUAGAGGACAGAUGAAUGGUGGGAUACGGAAGACCAAGAGAGAAACUUAUAGGGUGUUCAUUAAGAAUAAAAGAUUGGCAGUACUAGAGCCAGGAUCCUUUGUUCACUUCUUAGACGGAGAAAAACCAAAAGGCUUGGACGUGUGCCUUUGGUCAAGUGUUGAAAAUCCAUGGCUACAGGUAAGUGUGUAUCUAUUCUCUAAAGAUUAUUCCUCAACAAAAAUGUAAAGUGUGGAGACUUGAACUGUGAAAAAUGCGAUAAUGUUAAUAGUUUCAGUGCUAGAUGGGGCGUUCAGUGUACCAGCACAAAGCGGGUUAACUGUUGAGACUAGAGCAGUGAGCGUUAUAUUGUGUUUAGUUUAUUUUACAUAUAGUAAAUAGAGAAAUAUUAUAACUUAAUGUUGAUCUAGAGAUCUGGCACCCAACGUAAUAGUCCAGCAGUAAUCAAACUUCUCCUAGAUACCCAAAAAUCAAUGAAGACACAGCUAUAGGCAAGUCAGAAAAAUAUAUAAGCCCCAAAUCAGUAGAUCUCCUAAUUUCAUUUCUGUAGGAAAAGGCACAAAGGAACUAACUAAUCUACUCAGAUAGGAGCAUUACCCAACACAUAUCUAGAUCAGGAAUCUCAAACUCUGGCCCCCCAGCUGUUGCUGAACUACAGCUCCUAUAAUUCUCUGGCCGUCUAUUGCAUUUAAAGAAUUCUGGGUUUUGUAGGCCAUUAACAUCUCGGGGGGCAUAGUUUGAGAUCCCUAUCUGUAUCAUCAUUUCCCAAAAUCUUGAGAAACCUUGAAGGUUUCGGGAAUGACAUCAGGACGACCAGGUUAGAGAAUAAAGUGGCUUCACUAAUUAUAUAUCCAGAGAUCACCAAAAUGCAUUAAAGCCCAUCAGUACAAUAUCAAAAGGGGAUGACUGGUUACCUGGUAUCUCGUUCUUUCUAAAUAUUGACCUUACAUGAGCCUGCAGGGUAUUAUUGGCUUUAACUCCCAGUCUAGGAUUACCCCCUUCUUUAAGUAAUUUAAUAAAAUAAAGACUAUAAUAAUGUAUCAAUAAAAUGUCUUCACCUUAUGAAUUGGUCCCAGAAUUGUUCUUAUCACUUGGAACCAAGUGAUAAUUCUGAAUCAAUGGACAGAGGUUUUCUCCAGUUUAUAUGAUGGGUGUUUCAAAUCUUGCUUGGGAUUUAAAUACCGUAUUUACUUGAAUCUAAUGCUCACCUUUAUUGGCAAAAUAAAGUCUCCAAAAUUUAGAUUCAAUUGUGCAUUAGUUUCAAAUAAAUACAUUAUUUCCCCAUAUUUCAUGCUCUUUUGGGGAGGGAGGAAGGAAUUCAUGUUACUUAAUGAAAGCUAUAAAAAAAUCUUUAGCAAAGUCCAAAUGCUGACCAUUCACUAAAACCACAGAAACCAAUAUAAUACUUGCAUUUAUAAAUAUGGCCUUGGAUAGUUCACCUGGCACUGAGCAUUUAUAUACAAAAAAAUGUGCUAAUUGUAAAAUUAAGGCCAUGAUAGUUGGAAUGCAGUCGCCAAUGAUUCACAACUGUUUAAUGAAUAUAUCCCUAUUAGACUCUUAAUGCGAUACUCCAUGCACCAUAACCACUACAGCUUAUUGCAGUGAUAUGGUUCUAAGACAUUGUGGAUGUAGUAAUUCCCAUUUCCAUCAAAUAGUUUUCAAGUGGUUUAACAAAUAAAUUUGUUUUAAAAAUGUAGAAUUUCCUCCAUUUACACACCUUCACAUUGAGACAUUAUGAUGUGGAAAUAUCACUUCCCAUGUUAUCUGUCCAAAUAUUGUUAUGGGGUGACUGGCUAUAAGCACGGGGGGAAAGGGUCAUGUAUCCACACUCAAAAGGAUCAGGAUAGAACAUAGGCACAGCCAAACAAUGUGCUUUUUGUCUCUGCUGAAUCUAUAUAAGUUCUAUGCAUAUCUAGCUUAACAAUAGGGCUGGGAUUCUGAAAUAACAGGAUAGAGUAGGUUCUGAAAGUCCUACCUGUGUAUUGUCUCAAAGGAAAUGGGACAGGAGAGACAUGAGGUGUAAAUAAAGGUGUAACAGCUUAGUAGGUAUGUAGGUAUAUAGGUAAAGACAGGAGCAAUGUUUUGACUAGAUCAGAGUUAUUAAAAGGCUGUGAGUGAUGGGGUUAGUGGUAUUGGCACACAAGGGCGAAAUGCCUUGGGUGGAGUGUAGUCUUCAGCUAUAUAAUUAAAAAAUGAAGAUAAUAGUUGGUGACUCUCAUCUGGUAUCCUUAUCUAGCAUUGCCAUAUAUGAUACUAAGUUAGGGAGCUACCUACUAAACAGCUUAAAGAUCAAAAUUAAGAAAAGCCUUUUGUAAUUUUGAUCUUUCAGUUGUUUGGUAGAUAACUCCCUAAUCCUGUUCCUCUCCCCUGUGUCUUGUGGUUGCUGAUACCGUUUAGUGAAACAGAUGCCAGGGUGAUGUCACGUCCCGGCUGCCAGCACACUGUAGCCACACGAUGGAGAUGCAGGAAUAGUACAGUAGCUCCCUAGCCUCCUGAACCCCUCAGCCUGUAUAUUUGGGCAGAGUAGGCAACUAUCGUAUGGGUAGGCAGGGGCCUACUCUGUUAAUUGAAAGUCUACAAAACGCAAGGAAAUGGCGACUGUCGGGGCUGCCUAAGGCUCGCAUCAGCUCUGCAUUGGGACAGAUGCCCAUGAUUUUAUCCUGGGCAUUUGCAAGGUAUGAAGCCCAUAGGGAUGUAGGUUGCUAACCUAUGGCCAUCAACCUACACAAAUGAGACACAGCCGUGGCAUCAAUUAUCCACCCUCCAAGACCCAAAGAGACUUGUCCAUUCACCUCCCCAAGACCCAGACCGUCUGUCCCUUCACCCUCCAAGAUCCCAACAGUCUUCCCAGUCACCCUCCAAGAACCAGACAGUCUUCCCCACCACCCUGCAAGACCCCGACAAACAGUCUAAUGACUCACCCCCAAGUUUAAACCAGUCUACUCAUUCUGGCAUUCCCCUCCAAGAUCCAUCCAGUCUGUCAUUCAGCCCAUCACACUGAGAAUCAAGACUUAUAGCCAGACCUUGAAAGAGCCCAGGUAGGCUAGAGUGUGGUAAUUCAUUACAAUUCAUGUUAUCUUAAUAGCCAUUGUCAGAUCAUUAAUUCUGAAUUACAUUUCUAGUAUUACAAUGCUAUUGGAAGUUGUCAAAGAAAAGGAAAAAAACUCUAUUUAUUAUAUACAGAGUAUGAAUGGAAAUAAAGAGCCCAUGAUUCGCUGCAGCAUAAAACACACUAUGUGAUGUAGAUAUGAUUUGUACUUUACCCUCUCUCCUGUUUAUGGCUCGGAGUUCCAGAUAUACCCAGCUUUGGUUCUGCAUCCCAACAUCCAAUAGAUAUUUACUAAAGUGGGAAUUGUCGAGAAAUCAAAGUGAAUUUCAAAUUUAAGGACAAAACAGCUGAUUUAGAAACAUUCUCCUAGCCAGUUAUCCUUCCAGUUCGACUAUUAAGGUCUAAACAUUGAAACUCACAUUGAAUAUGUGAUCAUUCUCACUUUCAAAUCUCGAAAAAUGUUUAACGCUUUGUUUUAGGGUUUAAAAUGGGGGCAUUCACUCCAUGCAGAGAGUCAGAUCUUCUCUCAUUGAGCAGAUGUUUGAGUUAUUUGCUGGUCGUAAUAAAUGGUAGCCGUCAUACCAAGUUUCACAACCAGCGAAGGUACUGCCGGUGCCUCCCGACCAUCCUGAUUUCCAGGUCCUGACCCCCCGCACUGAGUUUGUUCUCUGGAAUCCUGCUUUUGGGGACAAGCAUAGGGUUAGCGCAUCAUUAGACAUGCUUGCGUUAUGUUCAGGGCAAUAAGAUCCGGCAGAGAGCAUUGAAACAGUGCUCCCUACAGGGUCUGCAGUCAGUGGGCUGGUCUGUGGGAUUGAUAGGCAGCCUAGCGUAAAUUCACGGCAGGUUCACAUGCCAGUUAAUUGAUCGAGCCCACUCAGUUAAUGAAGAUCCAGUGACAUAAUUUCAUCACUGGCCCACCCCGUUUACCCCCCCAGUAGCCUCUUGAUUCUUUGGAAGCCGGAUUUUUGGAGGUAUGGUACUGUGCCCACUCAGAUGACACUCUGCAUGGACCACCCCCUUAAUUUAUCCCCUUAUGAAGAGUAGACUGAUCCCCAGGCCAGUCCUCAAUGCACACCGAUAGUCUGAGAAUUAGGCAUCUCUCAGUUCAUGUGGGGAUACUGACAUAACCUCGGGUGUCUUGAGCUGAGAGGAACACAUUAAAUGUCAUACCAAGUUAAAAACUCUGAACAAACUUGAGAAGUGUAACUAAGGACUUUCCUCAGAGAUCUGGGAGCAUUGGCUUGUUCUUAUUAUGGCUAUAUUUAAUAUUGUUAAAAUAAACUCUAUAUUUUAGCAGUUUAUUUUUAUGAUUUACAAGAUCUGUCAGGUUUGCAUUUAAUCAUGUGAAAACGUGAAGAUUUACUUAAACCGGACUAUAUGUAAUAAUACCUCCAUCAAAUACUGUUUUAUUCUCUUGUGUUAUCCUAAACACAGCUUAUCGUUUAUCACAACAAAUGGCAGACAAUAAAAGAAACACAUAUACGCUGGUUAAUGAACCCUAUUCAAUAUCUUUUAAAAUGUUAAGAUAUCUAAACAUCCGAUUCUAGGCAAAGUUCAUAUUUCAUAUGUACAUAAUACAUAAUAACCUAACGACUUAAAGGGACAGCUACAUAUUACUGCAAGUGACUCAUUGCAAGCAGAAAGAGUAUCCUACGUUACUGGAUUGCCAAAUAAUUUAACUUAGGGAUUUUUAAUACUACGAUUUCUCACUAUUUUUAAACAAAAAUGUUUGUUUCUCCUCCAAUGCAAUGGGUGCCCUGACUGUGGACAAGUAGAUUAGGUCGAAUACCCAAGAACUUUGCGCAACGCGUCACAUUGGAGUGGGAAAAUUUGACCCAAAUCAGGUUAAUAAGGGUUUCGGAUAUUAGAGUAAACCCAUUUUUCCCCCCAUGCACCUAAUGCGCAUCAAAUGCGGGCAAUUGGGGGGAGUCUCAGAAACCCAUCAACGUUUAACUUCCUACACAUGCUCACAAGAGAGACAGUGUCCCUCCUGAUUUUUAGGGGUUACAUAGAAACAUGGAAUGUGACGGCAGAUAAGAACCAGUCGGCCCAUCUAGUCUGCCCAAGUUCUGGUAAUCCCCUCAUUUUUUUUAUUUAUCUGCCUGCUUGUGCUACAAAUGGGUUUAUUUAUGUUUUUAGGAUAUUGUUCAAGAACAGUUAACUCCUGAGUUAUUGGAGGCAUUUUCAAUGAAUUUUUAAAGGCUCCAAUUUGUGGUUUGUUAAAUUUAGAAAAUGAUACAUUUAAUGAAGUGUUUGGAUCUGAAUUUCCCCAAAUCAGCUGGAAUAUUUUUCUUUCAAUUAUCCCCUUAAAUUUCAGAGUCCAUUGAAUGAAUAAUGCCAAAACGUGUUAAAUAAUUCAGAGUCUCCUGCUGCUUCCUGCCCGAGAGGAGAAAAGCCAUUUACCCUCUGCAUACAUCUUAAAUUCUUACUGUAAACACUAAAUCAGCAAAUGCAAUAUUUACAUCACAAGAUCAAAUAAUGACUGUACCAGUGAUUAGACUGCACUAAACACUGACUGGGUUAUUCAGUAAAGAAUUGUCAGGAAUUCAAUGUGAAUUUCAAAUUUAACCCCUUAAGGACACAUGACAUGUGUGACAUGCCAUGAUUCCCUUUUAUUCCAGAAGCUUGGUCCUUAAGGGGUUAAAGGGAUUCUUUAUUAUAUUCCUAACAGUAUAGAGCCCUCUGACCUCCCUUGUGCCCCCUAACUCCCCCCGACAUGAAAAGGAUUAAAAACCCCUUUAUUUACUCACCCAAUUCCAGUGCCGAUCUUCCUCGGAGCUGAGUCAGCACCUCCUCCAACAUCAACCACUGGGGGACCUGAUGUGCAUGCGCGGCGAACACUGGAAGGCACAUUAGGUCCUCUCCAUAGGAAAGCAUUGCCUUAAUGCGUUCCUAUAGGGAUCUCACUGACACUGGAUGUCCUCAUGCACGUCCAGCAUCAUUUAAGGGACUCAGAUUUUGGUAAACUCACAUAAAGGGUUAAAAAACAUUUAUUUACUCACCUGAUUGCAGUGCAGAUGUCCUCCGACGUGAUCCGAUGAGGUGACCUAAUGUGCAUGUGCUUCAAACGCCACAAUCUCGCUAGGCCUUCCCAUAGGAAAGCACUGAAUAAAUUCUUUCCUAUAGGGAUUUCACGGAUGUUGGAUUUCCUCAUGCAGAAUUCCUUUUAAGGAACUCAGAUUUUGGUAAACUCCCAAAAGUGCAUCUAGUGGCUGUUUAGUAGACAAAGCCGGUGGAUGGCCUCCCCUCACAUACACAGAAGUUAUAUAAUAACAUUAGCUUAGAAGUGGUUGGGGGACCAAAUGCCGGGGACUGACAGGGUUAUAGGGAAACUAAAGGACAUGUAUUUGAUGGAUAAGUUAACUGCACUAGUCCGAAGCACCUUAACAAAGUUUUAUAAAGUCUCGGAGUCCUGGGAUAAAUACUGUGAAAAUAUGCAAAGUGGUGCUAUGUAGGAGCAAUGGAGUAUUAUUCUCCUCCUGGGAUGUGGUGUCCCACGGGAGACUGUUACCUUGUCCUUUAUUUUUUCAGUUUAUUUUCUCCCUUUUCUCUUGCUUUCCUUCAUCUAUGGAUUUAUUUUUAUCCAUUCGAUUCGUCGCUGUUGAGGCAGGAUGGACGGGUAAUCCGAGCAAAGCUGCCAUUAACGAUGUUCUCUUCGUUAAGCAAAAACAUUCCUGAGAAGGACUAACUAUAACAGGGAUAGGCAACCUUCGGCACUCCAGAUUUUGUGGACUACAUCCCCCAUAAUGCUCUUACAACCAUAAUGCUGGCAAAGCAUCAUGGGAGGUGUAGUCCAAAACAUCUGGAGUGCCGAAGGUUGCCUAUGCCUAAACUAUAACUACAUACUGGGCAGCACAGGCAAUUUGAGGUGGCACUAAGUUACACUUCUCUGUGACCUGAUGGGGAGGAAACUUACAUUUCCUAUAAACUUGUACUUUUUUUUUUUUUCAAUAUCUUUUCGUUUUUCUUUCAUGUUUCUUUCUCUUUUGGAUACUUGUAAAAGUUGGCAGUUGGGGGUUGACGAGAGAUUUAAUGCCAUGUAUAAACAGUGAAUAGUUCUUGAACGAAUAUAAACAAGAUCUGUUUUCCUAAGGUGUCAAUGAAAUGUCAUCAAGGAUUAUUACAUGUUUAAAUGUUCCUUUCUGUGAGAUAUACCAUUGUAAGCUGACAAUACCUAAUGUACAAUGUACUGCUUCUUUUUUGAACUAUGGCCUAAAAGCACUUUACAAUUUUCAUGUGCUUUUCCAGAUUGUCAAUUUUGUUAAAUUAAAAAAAAAUAUAUAAAAAAAAUAAAUUAAAAAAAUAAAGAAUAACGGUUUGUGAUCUAUUGGAAUUUGCCAACAUGAAUGGCAUGGUUAUUAGAUUCUGAAUAUAAUUUAUAAAGCAUUGGGUUAUUCUGCAUGGCUCUACAACGUGUAAACGAACAAUACAAGCAAUUUAUGAGAAAUGUAAACACAGAAGGUGAUAAGAACCUUGCUCACAUGAAAGAGGAGUAACUAGAAACCACCGGGCCCCGGUGCGAUAAUUUCCCAGGGGCCCCCCAUAUGUCUCACCCCCCACCACACUCCACCACCCCAUUCAUGUGUCUCCCCGCUUCCCAGCCCCAUCCAUGUGUCUCAUUCCCCCCAGCUCCUACAUGUAUCUAAUCCCUUCCCCAGCCCCUCCAUGUGUCUCAUUCCCUAAAGCCCUUACAGGUGUCUCAUUCCCCCAGUCCCUCCAUGUGUCUCAUCCCCUCCAUGUUUCUCAUUCACCCCAGCCCCUCCAUGUGUCUCAUCACCCCAGCCCCUACAUGUGUUUCAUUACCCCCAGCUCCUUUGUGUGUCUUAUUUCCCCUCCAGCUCCUCCAUGUGUCUCAUCCCUGUCAGCUCCUCUAAAUGUCUCAUUCUCCCGCAGCCUCUCCAUGUGUCUCACUCUCCCCCCAGCCUCUACAUGUUUCUCAUUUCCCCCCAGCUCAUCUAUAUGUCUUAUUCAUUCAGCCCCUCUGUUUGUCUCUUCCCCCGAGCUCCUCCAUGUGUCUCAUCCCUUCACCAGCCCCUCCAUGUGUCUAAUUCCCACCCCACCUCUUCCAUGUGUCUCAUCCCCUCCAUGUUUCUCAUUCCUCCCAGCCCCUCUAUGUCUCUCAUUCCCCCCCAGUCUCUACAUGUAUCUCAUCCCACCAGCCCCUACAUGUUUCAUUUGCCCCUAGCUCCUCCAUGUCUCAUUUGCCCCAGCCCCUCAGUCUGUCUCAUUACCCCCCCAGCUCCUCCAUGUGUCUUAUUCACCCCCAGUCAUUCAAUGUGUCUCAUCUCUGCCAGCUCCUCUAAAUGUCUCAUUCUCCCCCAUCCUCUACAUGUGUCUCACGCCCUCAGCUCCUCUAUCUGUCUCAUUCACCCAGCCCCUCUCUGUGUCUCAUUUAAUCCCCAGCUCCUCCGUGUGUCUCAUUUCAUCCCCAGCCCCUCCGUGUCUCAUUUCAUCCCCAGCUCCUUCAUGUGUCUCAUUCACCCCCAGCCACUCCAUGUGUCUCAUGCCUGCCAGCACCUCUAAAUGUCUCAUUCUCCUCAGUCUCUCCAUAUGUCUCACUUUCCCCAGCCCCUCCAUGUGUCUCACCCUCCCCAGCCUCUCCAUGUGUCUCAUUUCCCCCAGUUCCUCCAUGUGUUCUCAUCCCCUGCAGCCCAUCCAUGUGUCUCAAUUACCCCCCAGCCCCUCCAUGUGUCUCAUUCUGCCCUAGCCCGUACAUGUGUUUUAUACCCCCAGCUUCUCAGUAUGUCGCUUCCCCAGUCCCUCCCUGUGUCUCAUUACCUCCAUCCCUCAUAUAUAUGUAUUUCAUUCUCCCCACAGCCCCUCCAUUUAUCUAAUCCCCCAGCCUCUUCAUGUGUCUCAUCCCCCGUGCCCCUCCAUGUGUUUCUUUCCCCCUCAGCCCCUCCAUGUGUCUCAUUCUCCCCCCAUCCCCUCCAUGUGUCUAAUUCCCCCCCAGCCCCUCCAUGUGUCUCAUUCUGCCCCCAGCCCCUCCAUGUGUCUCAUUCUCAGAUCAAAGAUCUCCCUCACUUUUGAUUCUCAAUAAUGCCGGGAAGUAAACAAGGAGCCUGCUCCAGCUGGUGCAGAUUGCAUGAAUUGAUCCCAAAAGAUCUGCACUAAGGUGCAGUCAUGGUGCCUAAGUUACAGAUCAACCAGUGAGUAGAAAGAAAGGAGGGAAAACACAUGAAUGAUUAUUAUAAUUAUCUGUGUGUCUCUUUCUCCCCCAAAGCCCCUCUGUGUCUAUUUCUUCAUCCCGCCCCUCCGUGUGUCUCUUUCUCCCCCCAUCCCCUCUGUGUGUCUCUUUCUCCCCCUAUCCCCUCUGUGUGUCUCUUUCUCCCCCCUAUCCCCUCUGUGUGUCUCUUUCUCCCCACAACCUAUUUGAGCAUCUCUCUCUCUCCUCCAGCCCCUCUGUGUCUCAUUCCCCCCACCCCUCUAUAUGUCUCUCUCUCCCCUUCUGUGCCUGCCUACCUCCCCUGUGUAGCUUGGCUGCGAGGACUGUGGUGGAGGAUCCUCUGUAUCCUCUAUCUGGGUUGGCAGGAAGCUGUUUGGUGCUCCUAACGAGCACAUCCUGUCUGACCGGGUAGAGCAUCUGCUUGGCCACGCGACAUGGAGAUGCAGAUCUCCCGGUGAUUGUGCAGUGUAGCUAUGCCGGCCACCACCGGAAUAUUUCCCGGUAGCCCAGUAAGCCAGUCCAGCCCUGCUGUCAUUGACACACACAUCCUCCUUUUAGGCUGCUCUGCCCUAAAAUGCCCAGGCUGAAUUUUUUUCUGCAGUCUGGCCCUGAUGAGUGUGAAAAGCUGUAGUAGGGUUAGAAAUAGAUCAAUCCUAUUGAUAGUUUGUGCAUCCUGUUCUAGAUUACAUUUACUUUACUGCACAUUGUAGACAUAAAAUUUGCCAAAAAGGACCAUGGGGAAUAUUUUUUUCCUGUUAUUUUUUUCUAAAGACAAUUUGUGUUUUUUUCCUAACUUUUUUGUUUUGUUUUUACUCAUUAGCAUGCAAUAAACAUGUUAAUUAUUUUCCAUGUCUCUUUAUGCCCAUUUUAUAAUUCUUCUUUCCUAAAGUCGUUCAUUCAUAGAGUUUUACGAAGGUCUGGAAAACUUGAACAAGCGGGAUAUUCCCAGAGUUGGAUUUGUGGGUUAAGGGAGCUGUAUUUGAAUAUGUUUAUGGGCCUUUUAAGAUAAAGUUAAUUUCCAUUGUCGCAGUACCUGUUAUGGGCUACAUGUCUGACAUAAAGCAAACUAUUACUUAGUCCAUGUGGCCUCUGGACUUUCCCCUCAUGUCUGUCUGAUGCAAUGCUGCAAAUCUGACUUGAAGGGUGUGCAUACAACACAAAUCCUGUCCACCACUCUCAGAACAGGCUGAGUAUUAAACAGUAGUUUAAAUUCUAUUAAAUAAUAAAAUGAAACGUUUGAUGCAUAAUGAAGUGCUGCUGUAGUCACAGCAGUGAUAUCAUAAUGAAGAAAGAAUACGAAAAACAUCGGAACAUUUAUAUUGUGGCUCAUUUUGACCUAUGUCAAAGCAUGGACCUAGAGCUAGUGCUCCAGUAGCCCCUACGUUAAACGUAUAGGAAUGGGAUUAAAAAAAAGUAUUAUUGUCUUCUCUUUCUGGUUGUACUACAAAAAGUUACAUGAGAUGGGCAAGCAAUUAAAAGAUAGAUGAGUCUUGGGUGAGUCAACAGUUGAUUAAUUGAGAGGAAAUAGGGGCAGGUGUGCAAUCAACAUUCCAACUGGACCUCAGAUUGCCUUCAGGAACAUGGACCAGAAGAUAAAUUAAUAAUUCCUUCUUUUUUGUUUUUUAGCAGCAGCAACUGUAAACAUGGGACAGUUUUUGAUAAGGAUUAUGAAAAAACAGGUUUAAGUUAGGUUGUUUUGCUAAUGUGAAUAUUUUAAUAUUUGAAGAAAAAAUUGGAAGCUUGUUCAUUUAAAUAAAUGUUUGUGUAAUUGUGUCUCUUGCAGCUGUGGAGUUUGGAAUUCUCCAAGAUGCGGAGAGAACUCCUGAGAACAGAGAUGUAGUUACAGAUGGAAUUUUAGCAACUACACGGACGGACUCCGGAGCCAACAUGUCUCAGCCUGAGUCUGUGCAGCCCAAGGAAAGCUCAGAGGGUCCCAAGGGAGUUGAGAACACUGGAUUUGUUGGGGACCCUCCACCUUAUUCUCCACCUGACCCUAAGAUUGCCCAUCUUCUGUACCCGGAGUAUUCAAACAACUACUCAGGACCAAUGCCAGUCUUAUACCAACCAGGACCCACAAUGCAGAAUGUUUACUCACAUCAAAACCUAUCACCAGGUUCAUAUCCCUAUAUCAUUGUAAGCCAACUAACUUUCAUAAUUUACUAACAUAGUGUUUCAAUGGCAAUCCUAGAAUGCACAACUUUUACUAGCUACAAUAAAAGAGGAGAAUGCACUUUAAAUGAGGCUUUAGGGUGACAUUUUAUGCCAAUAUACCCAUGCUCAAUUAUUUAUAUAGUGCCAACAUAUAAACUAGAUGGGCCGAAUGGUUCUUAUCUGCCGUCACAUUCUAUGUUUCUAUGUUAAAUAUUUCACAUCGCAAUACAUGCGCCAUACUGUCUUGUUUUAUUCUGAAGGACGUAGACUGAUUAGCAGUGGCUGCUCCUGGCCUCCUGCAAUGGGAUUUGUGUCUAUAUCUGAGAGAGCCACCAAAUUAUCAGUGUCUACAUAUUAAAUUUAAACUUGAAGCCGUAUUAUAGCUGUAACAGUGAAAGUGCUAGAAUUGGAGGAUUUUCCCUAAAAGCCAUGAAUCUCUUUGCUCAUCUGCUAAGACGCUAGACAUCUGCCCCUGGAAGGGGGGAGACACCCUAAUUUCAUAGGUUCAAAAUUUUUAAAAAAAUAAUGAAAUCAAUAAGAUAAAGACAAUAAACAUAAAGAUGGAUAUGUAUGUAUAACCUUAUUUUAUGAUAUUUAGAAAGAGGAGACAUCUCAAUGGAAACCAGUGGAAAACACAUGCAGAGAUAUUCAUAACUCCUAACAUUUCAAGGAAAUGUGUGAGUAGAGGGGUGUUCAAAAAUUACUGAGACAUUUUAGGCGACUUACUAAUGACAAUUUAUACAACUAAAAUGUAAUUCAGAGCAAUGACAAUGUAUCUUAUUUACACAGACUGAUUUCUAAACACAUUUAUUGUGGUUUAAUGAAACAUUACUGAGAGAAUUAUUGCUGUAAAGUUGUGUUAUACACAGUCAGAUACACCAACAAUAGUAAGCUUGUAGAAAAAGGGGGACAUUAGGAUAGAAGAGAGGGACAGAAUAAUUUGGGCUCAAAAUAGGGACUGUCCCUCAUAAAUAGGGACACUUGGGUGAUACGGUUAUUUACUAAGUUAGAUUUGUCACGAAUUCCAAGUGAAUUUAAAAUUUUAGACAAAAUAGAUGACUUUGCAGUAUAGCUUACAUGGAGAACCUUUCCAAUUCACCUAUUUUGGCCUUAAAUUUGAAACUCACUAUAAAUUCCUCAAAAUUCUUACUUAAGUAAAUAACCCUGGCUGCCCUUGCAGAUUUUUUAUUAACGGUUAAAAUAACAGUUAUAUUACCUUUCGUACAGAAAACAUAUUUUUUUACAUUUAUAAAUGAAUUAUUUUACUGUUUCUUUCCUCAAUUUAUUUUUAAAUUUUUCUGAAUUUUUUCAGAGGAAUUUAAAAUUCGUACAGACCACAAAUAAAACAUACCCCUCUUUCCUUCAGUGUAACCCAAUCAGCACAGUUUAAGAAACCAUACAGAGUAGAUCUCUCAGCUAAUGAUUCUCCUCUGCUGCUUGUUCAUCGUGUUGCAUCCCUAUGACCUCGCUUGUCCUCUAGAUACAAAGAGAGCUACAUGUGUGCUUUCCCCUAGGAGGAAAAAUAGAAAAAGAAACAAGAUAUUUGGAAGACAAGUGCAAUGGGUUUUGUUCUAGAGGUUCUUUGAAUUAUUGAUGCUCAGAUAAUCCAUGGUGCUUUCUUUGUGAAAACCAAACACAGGGAACUUCAGCAUCCUUCUUCUUUGUUCUAUGACGGGGAAAAGGUUAAAAAAUGAUUUUUGGGAAUUUUCCUUCUAAUGAUAAAUGACCCACUGUACAUACCAUUUUAAAAAAAUCAGUAGGGAGCUACUGAUUGGCUUAGAGCGUCAGCUUACUGCUUUGGCCAAUCAGCGGUGCCCCUGCCUGGCGGCACUCCACGCUUCCUGUGACUCAGAAGCCAGAUGCCGCCUGGGGGACCUGGAAAUUGGCGGAGGAGACGACCUUUGGGGUUAAACCGUUCAAGAGUGUUUUAACCCAUUAAGGUAUGAGUGCGCUCAGGGGGUUCCUAGCACCAUAACAACUUCAUUUUCAAGAUGUUGUUAUGGUGACUGUAGUGUCCCUUUAUUGCCAAUAUAUCACUAGCUGAACAUCAUGGGAACUGUAUUUUACAGACUUUUGCCGUGUAUUUUACAGACUAUUGCAGUGUAUUUUACAGACUUUUGCAGUGUAUUUUACAGACUAUUGCAGUGUAUUUUUCUUCUACGUUUCUAUUAGAACAUAUUUUUCAAUAGAUUUCAUGUAUAGGGCUAUUUUUGAACAUGCACAAUUCACAUUUAUGGUUAUUGCUUUUGUUAUAAGACCUUUUACUCUUAAGCACGACUACAAUGGUGAUGUAGGAGCAAUGGGGGAAUAGGGGAUGUAGUGUUGGGGGAAUAGGGGAUGUAGUGUUGGGGGAAUAUGGAAUGGAGUUGUUGGGGGAAUAAGGGAUGUAGUGUUGGGGGAAUAUGGGAAGUAGUGUUGGGGGAAUAAGGGAUGUAGUGUUGGGGGAAUAAGGGAUGUAGUGUUGGGGGAAUAGGGGAUGUAGUGUUGGGGGAAUAGGGGAUGUAGUGUUGGGGGAGAUAGUGGCUGUAGUAGAGAAGAGGAUUUUUUUGUCAAUCUGGUUUUAUUGAAGGCAUAUAAGAUGGGGUACAUAAGAGAAAGCAGGGGAAAUGUACGGGUGGUUUACAAUAUAAGGUUGAUACAUCAUUCAGCAAGAGUAUGUUUCAUUUCCAGAAUAACAAUGCCUCAAUUUUUUAAGUUUAAACUGUAGUAUGAAAAUACAAGCUAUAGAUCGUAAGAUCCGGUAUGUAACAUGCUAAAUUAACAAUGCAUUAACUAGUCUUAAUGUACCAACAGUAUAAUACAGUGUAGGUUAAACUAUGAGUCAGCUGGUAUGCAUUUGCUAUUCGUAUGUUGUAUAUAGGUAAUCCAUGUAUCCUGCUAACUGUGCCUAAACUGCGUGUUGUAAUACAAGCUGAGAGCAAGCAGUUAUAAUAUGUGAACACAUUUAAUGCGCUUGUAACAUAACUGUAGUGCACCAUAGUGGGGGAUUGCUCAAACUGCACUUAGCUUAAUACAUGUGUGAGGGAUGCGACAGGUGAAGCGUUUAGUGAUGUAGUACUGCUGGACCCACUGGUGAGUUGCAGGAGUGUCUAGUAAGCAAUGUCCUGGUGUGAACUGCAAGUGGAGUCGUUUAUCUAGUUGGGAAACAAGCUGGAUUAUCCACCAACCUCCCAGGGCCAGUCUGGUGUAACAUGGCUACUCAGUGGAGGCUCAAUUUAGUGUAUCUGCGUGGACAGUUCAUGCUGUGCCCUAAAGAGUCCAUGGCUGUGGGCGGCAUGUCUAUCAGCCGAUACCCCUGCUGGGGAGGUCGGAGCCAUGAAUUGGAUGGGUCAACAAGAGGCCGGUGAGCUGUUAGUACAAGGAGGCAGCACUCCAGCCCCAGGCCGGAAUGAAGGCCAGCACCUGCAGUCCACAGACUCGGGUUCUCGUGGUCGAGGCCGGGUCUACCCUCUGUUGGGCGCCAUGGGGUGCUCGGAUGUUCUGCCGUCGCCUGUGACGGUCGGGCUUCUGGCGGUGUGGUUGGUGCCGUGGAGGUUUCCUCCAGGAGGCCUUCAGCCCAGGAAGGGUUGCAGGGCGGGCUACGACAUUAGCCUUGUGUGGUUUACCCGAUGUAGGGCUUUUCCAGCUCCGCACCUCGUCCCUCCUUACUGUUCCCACCGGGUCAGGUGGUUCCCAUCUGCAAAAUAGCUUCAGGCGCUCCCAGAGCCUUUGAAAGAGCCUGUCUAGUCUCUCAGCGUACUGCUACGCUGUGUAGUAGCUUUGGCUGCUUUGAUGGGCUGGCGCGGGCUUCUGCCACUGAGUCACGGCCGCCAUCUUGUGUGGCCCAGUGGCCGCGUUGUUCGGGCUGCAGGGUAUAGCCGGGGCUUGUGGUGUCUUUUGCUCUGGUUUUGUGGGGACCGGGAUGACCCCCGCCGGUCCAAAGGGGGGGGGGAACGGGGACCCAUGUCGAGGUUGUCGCUUAAUAUAGCCCCAGGAGAGCGGCCGUCUCCUUCGUGGUCCGUUUGUCUCGGUGCGUGGUAGGCCUCACUGCUAGGCUCCAGUUUCUGCAGUCGGAGCUGCAAGCUUCGCGUACCGCGGUAGGUCGCCGUUAGGGCUCAGAUUAUGCCCAUUGCCACCGGAGCAUUUAGCAUGUGCGUCCAGCCAUCUUGACGGUCAGGCCCCGCCCCCCCGAGAAGAGGAUUUCUGUAGUGGGGGAGAGGGGGUGUGACGGAACGCUGGCACUCCGACUGAGUACCUCUGCCAAUCGAUGCAUCUAGUGCUCGCUGAGGACUCCAAGCACUCCAACCGACACCAUCAGCACUGCAGACCCCACUUCCAGCAAUACAGCUGCGCCGGGGUCUCGCUGUCUCCACCCACCCUGGAUCCACGACCAGGAUCCAGCUCCCAGUGGGUGAACCUCUCCUAAAUCCAGAGAGCGUAGCAGGAACAAAUCAAGCUAUUGCAAGAGUUUACUCUGGGGAGUAAGUGAUUAUAGCAAUCCCCAGAGUGUAGUUUUCCAAUCCCCCAAACAUGAGCCAAGGCUUAAUGCUGGAACAAGACUUUACUGGAAGUAACAACAACAGGUAUUCCAGCUACAGUUUAUUUUAUGCCCUGCUCCCAUGCAGGGGAGGGACACACACGUUAUCUACAGUAGCCAAUAAAACAGAGGUUACAGCCCACACAAAAUCCUCCCCUCUGCCUGUGAUUCAAUUAUCUUAUACAAUAGAAGAUGCAAUUAUCACAGGUAGGAAAAAUACAGUUUUUACAGCAUAUUCAUAACUUCUAAAAUAUACAUCACAUUCACAUAAAAAAUUAUAUAUUUACAAUCAAUCCAUUCAGGGAAACAACAUAUCAAAAAAUGGCAUGAAUCAGACCAGGGGUUCAGAAGUUAGUAAAGUAUCUUUUGGGGCUUGGCUGGCAGCAUGGAUAUUUGGCCCAAACCGGUUUUACAGAGCCCUCUAUCCUGGAGACAAAGGGGAACAUAAUCCAAUUAUCCAGGGAUAGAGGCAGACUCCAUUGAGCACAUGUUCCCAGUAAAACACAAAAGGAUACAAAAAUACAUAACUCCUAUCAUACUGAAUUGAACGGGCUAAAUCUCCCGGGGUCCAUAGUCACAGGGCAAGAGGCGGGCAAGCAGUCCUCUCCAGGCACAAGUGGUGAAGGGCACUUUGUCACAGUAAUAAAUCCAUGAAUAAAGUAGCAGGGAGGGAAAGUAUCGAAUGAAUGGAGGGGGAUUCUUCACAGGAGGUAUUUGCUGUAAUGGAGGCUUGGGGGUUAAGGGGCUGUAAUGAGGGAUACAGGCUGUAGUGGGAGGCUAGGGCUGUAAUCGUGAAAGGGUAGCUGAGAGGUGUGCCAAAUAAUGCAAUCUCACCAAGUUUAUAGUAAGUUUACAAACAUUUAUUACAUACUUUGCUAAGUUUUUCUUGGUUUUAUUUUGGUUUGUUUAUUUGUUUAAAAGAUUUUGCUUGUUGGUUUUAAAAAUUAUGGUCAAGUGAUUCAUGUCCCUUUAAAUUUGAAAUUCACUUCAAGGCCACUAUAAAUAAAUAGAGUAAUCUGUAUACCAUGUAAGACAUUGGGAUCUAAUCUCAUAGCAGAAUAUUCAUAGGGACUGACAGGAGUCAUGUUUCACUUUUUUCCCUUCAAAAAGUACACUAAGCAGCUAAACAACUUUAGCUUAAAGGACCACUGCAGUGCCAGGAAAACAAACUCGUUUUCCUGGCUCUAUAGGGUCUUUGGGUCCCCCCCACCCUCUGGGUCCCCUUCCCACCGUGCUGAAGAGGGAGGAAGGGGUUAAAGUCUUACCUUUCUCCAGUACCGUGGACUCUCCUCCCUCUUUUGACGUCAUCCGCCGAAUGUGCGGCAAGAGCCGCGCGCGCAUUCGUCAGUCCAUAGGAAAGCAUUUCUCAAUGCAUUCCUAUGGGUGCUGGCGUCACAGUGAGAAGCGCGGAAGCGCCUCUAGCGGCUGUCAAUGAGACAGCCACUAGAGGCUAGAUUAACCCUAAAGUAAACAUAGCAGUUUCUCUCCUCUAUAGUGGUCCUUUAACAAAGCAUUGUAGUCUCAUUGCUAAAUUACCUGGUAUUUAAAAGUAAAAUCUCUUGUUUCUGUUUAUGCAGCCCUAGCCACACCUCACCUGGCUGUGACUCACAUAGCCUACAAUAAAAAUAUGGUUUAAUUUUCAAUGAAAAAAUUGUGUGUUUACCUUAGAACUUAUCUAUUGCUCUGUUAUGUGAUCUUUAAUCAUACAGGAGUCUAAUCAAAGGCGGCUCUAGACUUUAUGAGGCCUUAGGUGAAACUCAAACAUGACAGAGACACACACACACACACACACACGUCCCCCACUCACUAUUAUUAGUGGGGAGCCCAAAGGUGGCCAGCUGGCCAGCUCUUGGACUCCCAUAAAUCGAGGCAAACCAGGUAUUUGCCUGGGCAUUUGGGGGCGGAGUUCUUUGCCGCCCCCUGGAAAUUGCCGCCCAAGGCAAAUGCCUUGUUUGCCUAGCGGCAAAUACAUUCCUGGGUUAAUGUGACAGGGUGAAUGGGCAGAGUGAGGGCAGGUGAGUUUGGAGGGGGUGAGAUUAACAGGAUUUGGAGUGGUUUAUGUGAGUAUGGAUGCAUGAAGAGGCUGACAGUGUGUGUGUGGGGGUGAUGACAAUGAGAGGGAGGGAGGGGGUGAUGGUGAGAGGGAGUGAUGGUGAGAGGGGGGGAUGGUGAGAGGGGGUGGUGAGAGGAAGGUGAUGUUAGAGAGGGGGUUAUGUGAGAGGGGGUGAUAGAGGGAGGGAGGGGUGAUGGUGAGAGGGGUGAUGUGAAAGGGAGGGUGAUGGUGAGAGGGUGAUGAUGUGAGAGGGGGUGAUGUGAGAGGGAGGGGGUGUUGGUGAGAGGGAGGGGGUUUGAUGAUGAAGGAGGGGUGGUGGUGAUGUGAGAGAUGGUGUGAGGGAGGGCAGAGGGGGGAAGACUACAUACCUUUAUUUAUUCCCUGGUAGUCCAGUGUGGACUGCCUGGUGGUCUGAUGGGCUCCCUGGUGGUCCGGUGGCCAUUACAUUCGGUCUGCAGUUCCGGGAUACUGACCAAGCCACUGGGCCCCCUCCUGGUGUCGGGUCCUCAGUCACUGACAGUGAUCUGGGAGCAGUGUUACAGUCCCCCUAACCAUGCAAUGUUAAUUGUUGCAGUUUCUGAGAAACUGUAAUAAUUACCUUGCAGGGUUAAGACUGUCUUUAGUGGCAGUCAGACAGCCACUAGAGCAGGCUUCCCCAAACUCCGGCCCUCCAGAUGUUGCUGAACUACAACUCCCAUGAUUCUCAGCCUAUCUAUUUCAUUCAUGGAAUCAUGGGAGUUGUAGUUCAGUAACAUCUGGAGGGCCAGAGUUUGGGGAAGCCUGCACUAGAGGGAAUUCUGGGUGGUUAGGCAACUUUUGGUUGCCUAACACUGGACGUCCUCACAAUCUGUAGGAGAACCUUGCAGCAAUGCUUUAAUAUGGGGAGGGUCUAAUGCACUCAUGGUGUUCGCCAGACAGCUUUGUAUUCCUAGCAUUAUGGUAUCCCUUUAAGCAUUAUUCUGAUAACUUAUGGCUUUAAAGCACAAGCCUUGACAUUGUGCAUUGCUAUGGACAUCACUGCCAAAGAAAAAAAACACUCUAGAUGUAUAUGUAAACACCAGUUAUUAAUCCAGCUUUCAACGUCUUAGAAGAAGUCACAGUUAUUAAAAUUAGAAUGGCUCUUACAGGGAUCUUCUGCUGCUCUGUUUCUUAAAGAGGUAGCCUGAGCACCAUAGCUACUACAUGCUGCUGUAGUGGUUAUGGUACUAGUAGGCUCCGGGAGCUGAGUAGCACUUUUUAAGUGUUUUGACCAAAGCCAGGAGUCCAUAGAAGUUCCACUAAUUUGCCUCAUUUAUUAUUGUAGCCAGGCCUAGCUGAGACACCAGCAUUUACCAGCCUUGCUUCUUUCUUACAGAAUGACGGCUCCAUAGGAAUUCCUCCUUCAAGACCCGAUGUCAGAACAAAGGACUACAUGGUAGAGUCUGUGUUGGUCAUGAUCUUCUGCUGCUUCCUUACAGGAAUCAUAGCCGUGGUAUAUUCCCACGAGGUGAGCCACCGUGACCUGACCACUUGCCUAUGCUGCUUCUCAACACAUUAAAGGAACACUGUAUUGUUAGGAGUAUAUAACUAUAUUAAUAACACUAUAGGGACCUCUGCACCCCCCUUCUCCCCCCACUCAUCUGAUUCCAGAGCUGAUGUCCCUCAGCACUAGAUUGGGAUUUGCGAUUUUCAACACGCGGGACAUCCUCAUGCAAAGGGUGAGGACGUAAAGCAUCAUUUCAUGUAGUCACAUUCUGUGAAACAGCAGGUAGUGCUUCUAGUGGCUGACCUUUUAGACAGUGACUAGAAAAAUUAUCUUAACCCUGUAAUGAAACCACAUCCAUCCUCUUAGUCACCACUUGCACUAGUGUGACAGACAGUUACAGUAGUAAUGGCCCGAGGCUACAAGUUUCAAAGAUUUUGUCAGAUUACUAUCCAGGGCACAGUCCUCAUACAAAGCAAUCAAUUUUGAUCUUGCGAUAAUACUGCUCGCAAAAAUAUUUCUACAGUCGAAGUCUACAAAGUCUAUUUAUGUGCUUAUCUCGCUUACAUUACAUUGCUUACGUAUACAUUUACAGAACUGGGAAAGGACUAUUCGUAACCAAGUGAUUAGAAGAACAUUGAACUUAGACCAAUAUGUGUAAUCACUCAAAUGAAAGGGAUACUAUAGGCAUUUUAAAUCAGCUUUAUAAAAAAUGAAAAAAAUGUAUGCCCUGCUCUGUAAAUUUAACUUUAAUCACACACAGGAAGCUCUGGCAGACUCUAGGAGGCUACUAACAGACUGAGCAAUAAAGGAGCCUAAAAAAACUAAUUUUCAGGAAGUGUUUAGGAAGGUUGUGUAAGUCACAUGCAGGGAGGUGUGGCUAGGGCUGUAUAAACAAAGUGAUUUAACUCCUAAAUGACAGAGAACUGGGCAGUGAGACCACAGGGGCAUGAUCUAUACACCAAAACUACUUCAUUAAGCUAAAGUUGUUUUGGGGACUAUAGUGUAUAUAAAGUCUUUCAGAUAUAUAUAUAAAAAAAAAAGCCUGAGAGGAACAAUAAGAUGAAAAAACAUCUAUAUUGAUAGUCUUAGACCUAAUAAAUUGCUUAAUAUGUGGUAAAUCUGAAAUUUUUGUAUUCUCCAGUACUAGAAGAGGGGAAAAAAAAUAGAAAGUUCUGUUUUACGCCUGCCUUACGCAUUGUUAUGGCACUCUGUACGGUACUCCUGCAGAGAAAAAUGUAGAAAACCCUCAGACAAUAAUAAAUAAUUACAAAACUGCUCCCCCCAAUUAUGAUGAAUGUAAGUAUUUACAUACCUAAAUCAUAAAUGAUUGACAUUUGCCCCAGAACUAAAAUCUCCAUACCCCGAUUAAUCUUACAGAUAUUAUUACUGUCUCAAUGUAUUUUAUGUUACUGGAUAUUUUCCCAUUCCACAUUCUAUCUAUUACAUCCUUUCUAAAAUGAGUUUGCAGAGAUGAGCUGGCACCUAAGACAUUAUUGCAUAUUCAAUGCAUAAUUCAGAUUGCAAAUAAUGAACCCUCCAUUAUACAUCCAGUUCAUUUCAGCAAGAUAUUUAGGACACACCGCAUUAGGGAAUGACCUGUACAAUUUGAUGGCAGGAAAGAAGGCAGUUAUUUUCCAAGUUUUUAAUUUACCAGCAGAUUGCAGAUUUUAGUCUAAAAAAAGGCAUAGGGGACUAAUUUGCCAAAUUAGCUGAGCCUAUAAUUUGAAAUUCACGUUUAAUUCCUGAAAAUUCAGUUUAGCGCAGUGGUUCCCAAACCUUUUAGGUUCAAGGCGCCCUUAAUAUUUAAAUAUAUUUCCAAGGCGCCCCAAGUUGAAAUAAUAUCCUAGGUUGUAUAUAUGUACAGUGCAGCGACAUAUACUGGGCCCCUGUUUGGCAGAAAUGCUUGCCGUUCAAGCGCAGAUACAGAACCUAAUCUAGGGAGGGGCAUUGGUAGAUUAUUUAAAGAAACAAUCCAGGCACAAUAACCACUGCAGCACUUUGUAGUUGUUAUUGUGCCAGAAGUGCCCUCCCUGAGUAGGUAGUCAAACUGUUUAAGAACAGUUUGCCAACUUACCUGUGAUCCGCCGGGAUAAGGGUGGUGGUAGGGGAUAGGGGCGGUAGUGUGUGAGGGGUACUGUUGCAAAAACAUAACAUACAGGGAUAUAAUUUCUAAUUAGUGGGGUAAUAGCUGCUUGAUCCAAGGAGACAUCUGAGUGCUAUUUUGGGGUCAAGAAGGAAUUUUUUCCUAGUUUGUUGCAAGAUUGGAGGCGGUUCAGACUGCGUUUUUUUGCCUUCUUUUGGAUCAACAGCAAAAACAAAUGUGAGGAAGGAUGAACUUGAUGGACGCAAGUCUCUUUUCAGCUAUGUGUGUGUGUGUGGGGGGUAAUAGUGUGUAUAGGGGGGAAUUAUUGUGGGUCUGUGGGGGUAGGAGGACAGGUAAACAUACACUUAUUUUUUUUAAUUAUAAUUAAUAAAAAGUUUUUGAAUUUUAAUUAAAAAAAUUAUGAUUAUUUUAACAUCCCCCCUCCCUGCUUACCUUUGCCUGGGAAGGGGGACAUUUCCUGCAGUCCCUGGUGGUCCCAGCGGUGAGCGUGAUCUCUAGUAGCCUCAGGAGCUGCUAGAGUUCCUCUCGCGAGAUUCAGAGCGUUGCUGUGGUAACCACGGCGACGCUCAGAGCUCACGAAAGGAGAAGCCGGCAGAGCUGCAGGUUAGAGCUCCCCUGGGUCCUCUCUCCCCUGCCGGCUGCAGCAUUACAGUGCUAGCGGGCCCGAGAGGAAGAUUUCUGAUCUUCCCUCUGGUCCAUAGCACCGGGAAAAUAUAUUGCGGCUUCCCCACAGUUUGGGAACCGCUGGUUUAGCAAAUAACCCUGAUUGUGUUAAAAGCUGUGCAAGCAGUCUACAAAUAUACCACAGAUCUUCCUUAAUAUGAAUGUACUGCCUUAUUGCUCUACAGCAGUGGUUCCCAACCUUUUUCUACUUGAGUACUCCUUCGCAGCCCAUUUCCAUACACUGUACCCCUCAUAUUAGCGAAAUGUUUUUUAUUAAUAUAGUUCCAGUUAUUUCAAAUUUAGGUGCUUUUCUUUGCCCCAUUUCCUCUUUUUCUCUGCCCAAGUCCACCUGCUUCUCCUCAGGGCCAGAUUAAGAGCCCAGUUGGCCUGGUGCUGACAAUUAGGAAGUACAGAAUCUUAUCGAUCAAAAACACUAAAACAGUCAUAGCUCUCAAGCGUUAUGUAUCUGGUGGAGAUGUUGCCGGAGGGAACGCAUAGGAUGCAGCUAUAAGAAAACUCAGAUUCUCUUAACCCCUUAAGGACCAAACUUCUGGAAUAAAAGGGAAUCAUGACAUGUCACACAUGUCAUGUGUCCUUAAGGGGUUAAAAUAGGCUAAUCUCUCUCUAAUUCAUGCUUUAAUCUUUCAAGUAAAUCAGGAAGUCAAUGGGCGGUGUAAAAGGGUGGGCCACUGACGCGGAUCAUGUUACCAGAACUUCCAAAAGGGACUAACAUGCCCAAAAAGGAGGCAUGUGUGCCCAAACAAUUGGCAGGCUGCCUGCCAGUCUUGCAUGCUGGCCAACAGCAUCCUGAGCUUGGCAUCCUGAGCUUGGCAUAAUGAUGUGCUCGCACCAUGCUUUCUAAGGACUGUCUCCUAGCACUCACAUGUCCACUUGUCUGCUUAACUUCUUACUAGCAGGCAGAAGCUCCUGGUAUAUAGUCUGGGACAGAGAAAAGGCGGAUAUAGUGAGUGUAGAAGAAAGGGAGCAUACCACAGUGUUGGAGAGACCAAAGUCAGCAUUACUUUAACUAAUUUCAUUUCAGCUAGUCCACACACGUUUUGUUUCUUUAUAUCCAUUUUAAGUUUCCAUACUUAAGCAAGAGUAUGUGAAGAGUAGUUAGGGUUGCCACCUUUCUUGGAAAAGAAACUAAUACCUAACUAAUUAUGUAUGCGUGACAUCACAUGAUGUAAAUCACAAGGAGUGACAUAAGAGAAUAUUCUGUGAAAUCACCAGAAAACUACUUAGUUUGAUUCUGCUGUAUAGAUGGAUUGUUCCCAGUGUCCCCAUGUCACCCAGUGUCCCCUAGUGUCUGUGUCGCCAUGUCACUAGUGGACACUGUGAGACAUGGGGACACUGAGACACUUGGGGUUACUCGGGGACACUCGACAAUGUAUCACAGUGCCCCAUGUCUCCCAGUGUCCCCAUAUUGCCCAGUGUCCCCUAGUGUCUGUGUCCUCAGUUCUCCCUGUGUCCCCAUGUCACUAGGGGACACAGAGACAUGGGGACACUGAGAGACAGACACCAUGGAACACUGGCUGGGAGACAGGGGGACACAGACACUUGGGGACAUUGUGUCCCUAUGUCUCAGUGUCCCCAAGUGUACCUGUGUCCCCAGAGGUCUCCGUGUAUCCCCUAGUGCAGGCAUAGGCAACCUUCUGCACUCCACAUGUUUUUGACUCCACCUCCCAUGAUUCUUUGCCAGCUUUAUAGGUGUAAGAGCAUUAUGGGGUAUGUAGUCCAUAACAUUUGAAACGCUGAAGGCUGCUUAUCCCUGCCUUAGUGUCUCAGUGUCCCCAUGUCUCCCUGCAGCCUUUACCCCAUCUCUCACUUCCCUGAGCUGUAGGUGGUCUCUGCAGGCUGAGAGCUGCUGUCUGGACUCUCUGUGCUGUGUAGCUGCUCCCCCGUGGAUUAGUGAGUAGAGAGAUGUAGGCAUAGACAUAGAAUACCUAGACGCCGCAUUGCGUGCUGAGCGGCGAGGAAUGCGGGCGCUAUCUUGGACCGGUCGCCGCUCUACUGAAGCUAUUGAAGAACCCUUGGAAAGUCCAUCUCACAAAAGGUAAGUGAAGGACUUGGGGCACUUAUAGUCCUUAAUACUCCUACCCCAGCGCACAUAGUCCUUAAUACCCCUACACACAGUGUUAAUACACAUAGUGUGCUGGGGUAGGGGUAUUAACACUGUAGGGGUAUUAAGGAUUAGGGACAGGGGUAUUAAGGAUUAGGGGCAGGGGUAUUAAGGACUAUAAGUGCCCCAAGUCCUUCACUUACCUUUUGUGAGAUGGACUUUCCAAGGGUUCUUCAAUAGCUUCAGUAGAGGGCGACCGGUCCAAGAUGGAGCCUGCAUUACUCGACGCUCAGCACGCAAUGCCAUAGGCGUGCAGCGUCUAUGUAUUCUAUGUCUAUGGAUGUAGGUAUAUGCUGUAACUUCCUAUCCCUGCCUCUCUCAACACACAGCGACCCUUACGGCCGGUGAUAGUAUUGCAGAGUAAUCUCUGUUUAUACUGAGAAAAAUACCUGCAUUUGGGCCUAUUCAAUGGACCUGGAGCUACAGCUCCAUCAGCCUCUAUGUUAAUCCGGCCCUGCUUCUCCUCUGCCCCAGGAUCCCUGUUAUUCCAGGUUCUCCAUGCUUCUCACAGUGCAGAUAGACACACUUACACACAUGCAGAUACACACACUGACCCACAUACAGAUACAAACACACACACAAUCACAAGAAAACACUGACACACAUGUAGAUGGACACACAAAUCCAAACACUGACACACAUGCAGACACACAGAUACAGACACUCAGAUGGAAACACCGAUACACAUAUAGUUGCACAGACACACAUGCAGAUACACAGAUACAAACAAUGACAUGCAUACUGACAAACACACAGAUGUACAGACAGACACAUGCGGAUAUACAGACACACAUAUGCAAACACUGACACAUAUACAGUUACACUGAUACACGUACUGACACACAUGCAGAUACACAGAUAAACAUACUGACAUGCAUACAGUUGCACACACACUGUCACACAUAUAGAUGUACAGACACACAUAUACAAACACUGCCACACAUGGGGGGGAGGGGGACUCCACAUACAGGUGAAAAUUGUAGCCACUCUCCAGUUUCCUACCUUAUGGGAGCAGGAGGGUGGCUUCUGCUCCUAAGAGUUAGGGGCAUGCUCAUCUCCUGGUUCACUCCCUCUCAGUGUUCUGUCAGAUUUAGUGAACAUCAGGGUUUUGGGGGGGAGGAGGAGGCAGACAGAGCCAAGGUAGCUAUAUGUGUAAUAGAGACAAAUACUGGCACAUACAGAUACACACACUGACACACAUGCACCAGGUUGGUGCAAGGAUUUUUGGGUACACAGGCAAAGAUGAUUUUGGCACCCCCCCCCCAAAAAACAAAAAAAAGCAUCUUCACCUGUGUGCCUAUUAGCCCACCUUUUGUUUCUUACCCCCUUUAGUGUGUUGUAUCCCCUAUUUCCCCCAGGCCCUUUUUGUCUUUUACUCUUCCCAGCUCCUUUGUGUGUUUCUCUUUAACCCCAACCCUUCUAUCUCCCCCCCAGAUUCUCUGUGUUUCUUUCAUCUCCAGCCUCUUUGUAUAUCCCCCAUUCCCUUCUGUGUGUCUCUUUCACCCCCAACCCCUCUGUGAAUCUCUCUCACCCCCCAGGCCCAUCUGUGUGUUUUUCUCUACACUCAGGAACCCCUGUGUGCCACUUUCCCCUCCAUGUCCCUUAGUGGUCCUCUCCUCCUCCCCUCCAUGUCCCUUAGUGUUCCCCUCCCCUGCCUGUUCAUUAGUGUUCCUCUCCUCUCCCCUCCCCUCCAUGUCCAAUAGUGUUCCUCUAAGUGUUCAAUCUGACGUGAACAUUCAAGCAAUGGAAAAUAGAAAGGACGCAUAAAACACACACCCUGUACAGUACUCUUUCAGUUAGACCUGUUCAUUCUUCCAAGCUGAAAUAACAACACAAGUUCUAGGAAAUACACAUUUCUUAGCUUCUAUGUCUCUAUGUCUUUCAGACUCGGACUGCGCUCAGCAGAGGGGACAUUGUACAAGCCCAAGAGUCAUCCCGCAAAGCUCGGUCCCUGGUACUCUUCAGUCUGCUAUUUGGAGUCUUUUUGUCCGUCAGUUGGAUAAUAUAUGUGGUGGUGGCCAUAUUUUAACGAUCAAAGUGUUUGAGGAAUGGUGGAGACUCAGAAGUUGGAUCAGCGCUGGAUUACUUGUUUUUGGGCUAACAGCGGAAACUUAAUAUUAAAAAAAAAAAAAGAAAAAUUCCCCCCAAAAACUACUCUUCCAUUUCAAUGGAUUUUGCUUUGAUCUGGACAAAACACCAGGUUUGCAUUCUACAUAAUAUAUUUGAACAAUAAAGUUUAUAUGGAGUCCACCUCAUGUAAAAAAAAAUAUCAUCAAAGAGCCCAAAUGGGACUCUGAACCAGAUUUCUACAAAAACAAAGUUCAUGAAAGCCGAAUAUCAAUCUAUUAACUUCCCAACAUGUGGGGAGCCUAUCCUAAUCCCAC